ACAUCUCAAGUCUCUAGUUCUUUUUUUUUAUUGUUGUGGGCAGGGUUUCCUGAGAAGUGAAAACUUGGAGGCAGAGCUGCCAUCGUGUUAUCACACCAGCAGAUACUGCUUAACGGUUUUGUUUUCGGAGCUCACGGAAGAGAAACGACAUGGCUGUCCACCAGCAGCCAACCCAGGUAGUCAUCCAGACAACUACCUCCCACGGUCCUGGAGCAUGGAGCACCGGCCUCUGUGAUUGCUGCAGUGAUAUGGGCACCUGUUGCUGCGGUCUCUGGUGCUUCCCUUGCAUGCAGUGCCAGACAGCCUCUGACUACGGCUGGUGCUGCUGUAUGCCACUCCUGGACUUUUGUUGUGUGGUGUCCUGCAUCCUUCGCUCCUCCAUCAGAGAGCGCCACGACAUCCCUGGCUCGAACUGCGAUGACUGCUGCAAGAUACUCUUUUGUUACUCGUGCGUGUGGUGCCAGAUGAGCCGUGAGCUGAAGAUCAGGGCCGAACACACCAGCAGGGUGGUCACUACGCAGGCUGUGAAUUUUUAACAGGAGGGCAAAUGACCGUUGCCUAACAAAUCACAGCUGAUGAGUUAAUUUUCAUUGUGUCAGAGGGAAAAAAGGAAUAUAAAAGUUAGUUCUGUUUUUGCUGCAAGCAGUGUUAAUUGAAAGAUAAUUAAAGUAGACUGAAGAUGAAGCCAACUCUGUUUAUGCUCUUUUACAACAAUGUAAUGCACACAGACAUUUCAAAGUUAACAUGCUGUUUAUAGAGUUAAUGACUCUGUGCCUUUUCUUAUGCACGGAACUUCUUUUCUUUUUAAACUGCAGAUUUGCUUUUCUUUUCACAAAAGUUAAAACAAGAUUUUGUGUGCUGAAUGCUAGCAUGUUUGAUUACACGUUCUUCUCUGACCAUUGAUUCAUUCUAAACAAUAAAUUGACAUUUGUUUAACCAAACAAUCUCCUGUAAGUCAGAUGGAUGAGGUUUAUCCUGUGUUUAAAUACAAAGUUCGGUAAAUGAUCAGAACAAAAUCACAUACCAGCUUAAAUUUUUACCAAGUCUUUAAGACUAGUCAUGCAUCUAUAACAAGUUUUUAUAGGUACAUAAAAUACACAUUAGAACAUCUUAGACUAUUUGUUCAGUCAGGAGAGACUAAUAAAUUAAGAUUCAUUCUGCAAAGAUGUGAUACUGAAUUAUUGCCACAGUCUGAGGUACUUCAACUCUACAGGGACAAAGGAUGAUCAAACCUGAACUACAAGCGGUGCAAGCGAACAUUAGAGACAAAAUCCCCUUGGUUUUAUUAGUUCCUACUGCAGUAUCCAGAUAGCAUGCAGCAGUUCAGCAUGAUUCAGCAUGGUUUUAAAACCCCCAUUGCCCGGUUCCCACUUUACUCUGUCACUCACUUUGAGAGUUAAAAGGAACAAGGAAAGAGGGAGAUGACAAGGUAUCAGGACUGUCUGACAGGAAGAUUGUCGUGGAGGAGGAGGGUCCCAUGCGAUGAUGGGGGAGGAGAAGCCUUGUUUAAAAGACAGUAGCGAUAUGAUAGGCUAAUAGAUAGGAAGUGGGGCAAUGCUACCUAAUAGCUGUGAUCUGGUGAUGUGAACAGCUGAUGAUUACGUGGAAACGAGUAAGCAUGUGUGGAGGAGUGCAUGCAACUUAGUAUGAGAAUGACUGAUAAAACCAGCCUGCAGAAUAUACAGGAGUUUUCCUGCCUAGUUUGUCCUGUAAGCAGACUGUUAGACAGUAGUUGUCCCUACAAGCCCAGUUUGUUUGUCAAUACAAACCCACUAUAUCUGCAUAUUGAUACCACACUUUGUUAUUAACGCUAAACAUUAACAAAGAUAGAUUAAAAGAGUGUGUAAAGGUUGGGGGGCAUGUGCUUUGAUAGUUAAAGUCCAAUGCUUGUAAAUGAAAAAAGAUAUACGCCUUCCUAACAAGGACAAUGGGAUGGGAGCAAAGUCUCACCCAAUUUCCCGACGACUUAAUUUGCAAAUGGACAAUGCCGAUUAGGGACAAUUCUUUUAUGUGUCAGGGCUGAAGUUCAAAGUUGUGUAACUGUAAAGUUUAUGGUGCCAUUACUGGCAUUUAAUGGUUGCAACACUGUUGUGUAAUGUUAUAAAAUUUCCAGUCAGACCAUACUCAACUUUAUCCCUUAGGUUGUCUUGUUCUCUAUUUAUGCAUUUCUACUUUAUUAUAGACUGAAACAUCUUUUUGAAUUAUUGAAGCACUCAGGAGGAAAAUUUCUACUGCCAAUCACUGUUCUCGGGAUGGAUCUUACUUAUUAAUUGAUAAUUAUAAACUUAAAUAUAGUCAAUAUAGGCCUCCUAUGUCCCAGCACAUAAGGACAUUAUAUUUUGGGUUCCCUAUUGUGGUGUUUUUUGUCGUUUUAUUAUCUUAUUUUGGUUAGCUUCCGGUUCCGGAGGCUGUUUCUGGCUGCUAACUUUCUUUGCUUUCCCUGAGGCAUUCACCCUUCCCCCCCUGGUGCUGUGGAGAGCGCACACCUGCAGCGAAUCACUCAUCGAGGAUCACUAUUUAGGACCUGCUGCAGCUCUCUUCAGCGCCUGAGUCUUGCCAACCUUACCUUACGGUAAACGUCAGCUCCAGGCUCCUUCUCUCGAGAUCUCCCAGAGAAGUUUCCAGUGCUCUUUUUGAAGAACCUUUUUGAGUAAUUUCCAGUGCUUGUAUUUUGCUUCUUGUUGUUAACGUGCCUCUCCCUCUUCUUUCCAGUGCCUCCUGCCCUGAUCACCGCAGCCAGCUCCAGCACACUCUCACUUUCCCUUGGACUCCUGAGAUCCCCCCUCCCUUUGUCACUUACCUGCACAAUAAAUCUGUUAAAUCUGC